AUGUCUGGAAGACGCGACUUUUUGAGCCAGCCGGCGCCAGAGAACUAUGUUGCCGGUCUUGGUCGAGGUGCCACUGGCUUCACGACGCGAUCCGAUUUGGGCCCUGCACGUGAAGGACCAACCGAAGACCAGAUCAAAGAAGCCGUCGCAAAGCGUGCCGCGCAACUGGGACUGGGAACCGACGGAAAGAAGGCAGACGAAAAUGAUAAUGACGACGACGACCGCUUCAAAGAUCCCGACAACGAGGUUGGCCUGUUCGCCGGCGGCGUAUAUGACAAAGACGACGAGGAGGCCGACAGGAUAUGGAAGGAGGUAGACGAGAAGAUGGCAAGGAGGCGACAAAAACAACGAGAAGCACGCGAAAAGGCCGAACAGGAGGAAUACGAGCGGAAGAACCCCAAGAUCCAGCAACAAUUCGCCGACCUCAAGCGAGCGCUAUCAACAGUCACAGAUGACGAAUGGGCAAACCUCCCCGAGGUUGGAGAUUUGACAGGAAAGAACCGCAGAAGCAAACAGAACCUGCGGCAACGUUUCUACGCGGUUCCCGACAGCGUCCUCGCCGCCGCGAGAGACUCGUCCGAACUAGGUACCACCGUUGCAGAGGAUGGCACCGCAUCAAGCGCCGACGCAGCGGAUGGCACCAUGACGAAUUUCGCAAAGAUUGGUGCCGCAAGGGACAAAGUUCUGAAGUCAAGACUUGAACAAGCCUCCCUGGAUGGCACUGAGUCGGUCGCUGGCAGCGCAUCAACCAUCGAUCCCAAGGGCUAUAUUACCAGUUUGAACAAGAGCGUUCUCAGCGAGUCGCAAGCUCAGGUUGGUGAUAUCAACCGUGUACGUGAACUUUUGACGUCGGUCAUCAAGACCAACCCGAGUAACGCACCUGGUUGGAUUGCUGCAGCGCGACUGGAGGAGCUGGCAGGCAAGACGGUUGCAGCGCGCAACGUAAUAGCACGAGGAUGUACACACUGCCCUAAAAGCGAAGACGUCUGGCUGGAAAACAUUCGACUCAACGAGGGCAAAAAUGCCAAGAUCAUUGCUGCGGAAGCUAUCAAGAAGAACGACCGGUCCGUACGCCUUUGGGUCGAGGCGAUGAGGCUGGAAAACGAGCCCAGGGCGAAGAAGAGAGUCAUCAGACUUGCCCUAGACCAUAUCCCCGAAUCCGAGGCUCUCUGGAAAGAAGCGGUCAACCUUGAAGAAGAUCCGGAAGAUGCUCGGCUGCUGCUGGCCAAGGCAACCGAGCUUAUACCCCUAUCCGUUGAUCUAUGGUUGGCUUUGGCAAGACUGGAAAGCCCCGAAAACGCCCAAAAGGUUCUCAACAGGGCACGCAAAGCGGUUCCUACUUCUCACGAAAUUUGGAUCGCCGCCGCUCGUUUGCAGGAACAGCUGGGUGAGGGCACCAAGGUGAACGUCAUGAAGCGUGCCGUUGCGGUUCUCGUCAAGGAAUCCGCUAUGCCAAAGCGCGAGGAAUGGAUUGCAGAAGCUGAGAAGUGCGAGGAGGAGGGCGCCGUCAUCACAUGUGGAAACAUCAUCAGAGAAACUUUGGGCUACGGUCUGGACGAAGACGAUGAUCGCAAGGAUACUUGGAUGGAGGACGCAAAGAGCAGUAUCAACCGCGGCAUGUACGAGACGGCGCGUGCUAUCUACUCGUACGCGCUGCGUGUUUUUGUCAACAGCAGGACGUUGUGGAUGGCAGCCGCCGAUUUGGAGAGAAACCAUGGAACAAAGGAAUCCCUUGCUCAGGUGUUGGAAAAGGCUGUCGAAGCAUGCCCCAAGAGCGAAGUGCUAUGGAUGAUGCUAGCCAAGGAGAAGUGGCAAGCCGGCGAAGUCGACAAUGCCAGAUUGGUACUCGCCAGGGCUUUCAAAUCAAAUCCGGACAAUGAAGAUAUCUGGCUCGCCGCGGUCAAGCUCGAAGCCGAGAACGGAGAAACCGAGCGCGCUCGCAAAUUGCUGGAGGAAGCCCGAGACCAAGCCCCGACGGAUCGUGUGUGGAUGAAAAGUGUAGUAUUCGAGAGAGUACUGGGCAACGGCGACGCAGCAUUAGAUCUUGUCCAGCAGGCUCUGCAGUACUUCCCAGCCACCGCCAAGUUGUGGAUGCUCAAGGGACAAAUUUACGAAGAUCUUGGGAAGGUCGGCCAGGCACGGGAGGCAUACAGCACAGGCGUCAAGGCGGUACCCAAGUCCGUUCCCCUGUGGCUUCUUUAUUCUCGCCUUGAGGAGAAGGCCGGGCUGGUCGUCAAGGCUCGCAGUGUUCUCGACCGAGCUCGCCUAGCUGUUCCCAAAUCACCAGAGCUCUGGUGCGAGUCUGUCCGCAUCGAGCGGCGUGCGGGUAACGUCAACCAGGCCAAGUCACUGAUGGCCAAGGCACUCCAAGAGGUACCUAAAAGCGGUCUCCUUUGGAGUGAGCAGAUUUGGCACUUGGAGCCACGAACCCAACGAAAGCCGCGGUCAUUGGAGGCCAUCAAAAAGGUGGACAACGACCCUAUACUCUUUGUGGCUGUGGCUCGCAUCUUCUGGGGCGAACGUAAGCUUGAGAAAGCCCAGAACUGGUUCGAAAAGGCGCUGGUGCUGGACAGCGACAACGGCGACACCUGGGCUUGGUAUUACAGGUUCCUGCUCCAGCAUGGUACAGACGAGAAACGAGCGGAUGUAAUCAAUAAGUGUGUCUUGAACGAGCCCCGCCAUGGCGAAUACUGGCAGGCGAUCGCCAAACAGCCCGUCAACGCCAGGAAAGGCACGGAAGAAGUCCUAGAAAUGGUGGCAGAUGCGUUGGAGAAAUGA